GGCAGCGUCGUCGCUGUCAAGGUUUUAGACCCGAAGAAAAUCAACGGCGACGUCGUGGACGCGAUACGACACGAAGUGACGGUCAUGACCGCGAACCGGCACCCGCACAUCGUCACCGUGCUCGCCGCGUGCGUGCAGCUCCCGGACGCGGCGAUCAUCAUGGAACACUGCGCGAACGGCUCGCUCGCGGACGUUUUAGCGAAAGCCCGAGGGAAGCCGACGUCGUUGUGCUGGCGCGUCCGACUUUUGAUGGCGUCCGACGCCGCGUGCGGACUCGCGUACUUGCACUCGUCGAACAACCAGAUCGCGCACCGGGAUCUGAACACGCAGAACCUCCUCGUGACCGGGGACAUGCGCGUCAAGAUCGCGGACUUCGGUCUGAGCCGCCUCGUCAUCGCGUCCGCAGACGCGACCGUUACGACCGUCACGACCGCGACGACGGAAGAGACAGAGUACGACUUCGGCACGCGCGCGGACGUGUUCUCUUUCGGCGUCGUCCUGUGGUGCCUCGCGACGCUCGAGCCGCCGUGGGAAUCGAUCCAGCGCGCG